CCGAGAGUAGUUUAAAAAAAACAUUUAAAAAAAAACAUUUUUCCUUUCAAAAAAAUUUUCCACUCAAAAUUCGUUAUUAUACCUGAAACAAAAAUACAAAUCCAAAACUUUCCAUUUAAUUAUUUUCUCGGUCAAAUUUAACGGUCCCAUUGAAAUGGUGAGGAGGACGAAACGCGAUGUUAGAUUUCUUUAUUUUGAAAAGUUAAAAUCUUAAAAGGGGCGGAAAAAAAUUCGAAAAAGGGAAAUAUUUCAAGUAUCCAAAUAAUUUCAAAAAGCGCUCACGAAACUGAGUCGGGGGGGCUUUUGGCGCACGCAAGACGCAACACUGUCCGUGUCCGUCUGAAGAAAAAAUCACGAAUUUUAUCAAAUCCGUUUUACAUUUUGUUCAGAAAAGUUUUGACUUUUUCCACCCACGAAGAGACCUCAGAAAAAGGUUUUCCCGACUUUCAACCCCCAGAACACUUUUUGAGAGAAAUGUGAUUGAAUCCCGUGAAAAGAUGAUACUUUUCACUUACACGGAGUUUUUACUUGUACUGCUCUUCACAUGGGUUGCCGGCGAUGUCCAGGUUUUCUCGAGUUAUGAUUUUAGCCCACCAGUGUUGAUCGCAGAAUUCAGCGAUCUUCCGGCAGCCUUUGGCAAUGAUAUACCAUCAAAAGGGAUUGUGGCCAACUACGUUUAUGCCAAUCCUGAGCAUGCCUGUACGUUGAUUGAACCACCGCCAAGCAAUGCUUCCAAUCCGGCCCAGUUCUGGGGCGUACUCAUUAAAAAGGGCAAUUGUACGUUCGAAGAAAAAGUAUAUUCGGCUCAAAUGGCUGGGUACAAUGUAGCCAUCGUCCAUAACGUUGGUUCAAAUAAUCUAGUGACUAUGCGGGCUGCAGACCCUUUUCGAGUAUGGAUUCCAUCCGUUUUUAUCGGUGAGACAGCUGCUACAAUUAUUAAAAGCAGAUAUCUUUAUUACUCAGGUUGUACUAUCCGAAUAGAAGAAUUGGUCGAUAAGAACAUUUUGAUACCACUAUUUAUUGUUGUAACAGUCUGUAUGAUCGUAAUGGGUGCCAUCAUGGUUGCAAAAUGUAUAAAAGAUUAUCGGAGGGCUAGAAGAAGGAGAUUGCCGUGUUCGUACCUUUCUCAAAUUCCAACAGCAAAAUACAAGAAAAAUGACCCAUAUGAAACAUGUGCAAUAUGUUUGGACGAUUUUAUUGAAGGUGAAAAAUUGAGAAUACUCCCCUGUUCCCACUCGUAUCAUUGUAAAUGCAUUGACCCAUGGCUGACGAGAAACAGGAGGGUUUGCCCGAUGUGCAAACGACGUGUCUUCGGUCAAAAUGAACGCAAUGUCGAAGACUCCGAAUCGAAUAAUGAAGACGAUGACAACACACCGUUGUUAAGAAGUGCUCAGCCAACAAAUGGUGGAACUUUUGCAGUUAGAAACUUCAACUCUCCGUUUUCUCAAGCAGUCAUAAGCAAUUUUGAAAAUUGCACUAAUGAUUUAGACAUUGGUCCGAUAAAUGAUGGUUCCUCUUCAGAUGACGAUGGCCAUGGUCACCAUUCUCACCACCACCACCACGAUGACGACUCCCACUCUCACCACCACCACGAUGACGACUCCCACUCUCACCACCACCACUUAGACGACUCCCACUCUCACCACGACUAUGAUUUUGAAUAGCCAAAUGCUUCGUGAUUACCUAUACCGCUGAGCCUUUGGUAUUCAGGCAAUGUACAUAUUUGUAAAUAAGAGCUAACCAUUAUAACGACCUAAUAAACCUAAAAUUUAUCAGAGUAUUUAAAUGGUGUUUUUAAAGUGUAAUAGUUUUGAAACGAUUUUUAAAUAUUUGUACAUUUUUAAUAUACAAGAUAAAAAAUUUUUGUUGUUUA